AAAUAGUUUAUAUUGUAAUUUUGUCAAUCUGAAUAGAAAGAAUUACUAUAAAAUCGAACACAGAGGAACCAAGUUGGGAAAAAGUAGUAAAUGAAAGCUACAUUUUGACUCAGUCAUUAACACAAACACUAACACUGAAACUGACCCUAAACUUUCACCAACACCACAACAAUGGGGAUUCCUUCAUCGGAAACACCCACCGUUCGCGUCUUCAACAUACCUCAAUCCGCUACAGCGAAAGACCUCCUCCACUUCCUAGAAUCCACCGUGGGUCCCUCUUCCGUCUUCGCCCUCGAAAUCUUCAGCGACCACUCCAACUGGAAAUCCCGCGGUUCAGGCCGUGUUCAGUUCGAAACCUUCGAAGCCAAAUCCAAAGCCCUAUCUCUCUCUUCCAACGAUAAACUCCUCUUCAACUCUCAUUUCCUUCGCCUCGCCGCUUCCUCCGAUGACAUCGUUCCUAGACCUCCCCUUCCCUGUAACCGUCUUCACAAUGGUACCCUUCACGCUGGUUUCCCACUAGGUCCUGACCGCAUGAGUGUUAUCCAAUCGUGGGAAGGUGUUAAAGGAUGGGUUAUGCCGGAAAGGAAUAGACUUGAUUUUUGGGUCACUCAUCAUGAUCAAUGUUUCAAGCUUGAGAUUCCCUUUGAAAAUAUUUUGGAGUGUGAUGGGUUUUCUUCUGAUGGUUCUAAACCCAAUGCCCUUCUCUUGAAGCUGAAAUAUGGACCAAGGAUAUAUCAGAGGAUGGAGGGGCCAAAUGUUUCUGCCAAGUUUAAGGCUGAUAGGUAUCGAUUUUGUAAGGAGGAUUUUGCGUUUAUGUGGGUGCGUACCACUGACUUUUCGCGAUUGAAGUCAAUUGGGCACUCUACAUCGUUUUGUUGGGAAAUUGAGGAAGAAUCGUCCGAUUCUGAUGUUUUUCGAAGUUUCCCCCUUUACAGAGAGAAUUUGAAGGAUCUAAGUCUGGAAGAUGGGGAAGAAUUUUGUUCUCCAACUGAAACGGUUCCGCUUGUUAAGUGUCGUUUGGAUACUAAGCUACCUUAUGAAGCUCUUUUCCAAUUGAAUUCUCUUGUUCAUACCCAGAAAAUUAGUCUUGCUUCUGUGGAUGAUGAGUUGAUUGACUUGAUAGCAAGCUUGGAUGAUGAAACUAAGGCUGUGAUUUUUCAAAAAUUGCACAAGAUGAGUUCCACUUGUUAUGAGCCUUUAAGAUUUGUGAAGACACAAUUACAUGUGCUUAGUAUAAAGAAAAAAAGUCUUCGCCCAUCAUCACAGAAAAGGUUGGCGGAUAAUAACAUAAUGAGUUGUCAUCGAGCCUUGAUUACCCCGUCAAAGAUUUAUUGCCUUGGUCCUGAGCUUGAAACCUCAAAUCAUGUGGUAAAACAUUUUGCGUCAUAUGCCUCAGACUUCAUGAGGAUUACGUUUGUUGAAGAGGAUUGGAGUAAGCUUCCAAUUAAUGCAGUAUCAACUAGUUUGCAAAAGGGAAUCUUUGCAAAGCCUUUUAGAACUGAUAUAUAUAAGCGGGUAUUGACUAUUCUCCGAGAUGGGAUUGUAAUUGGAUCGAAAAGAUUUGAGUUUCUAGCCUUCUCUGCUAGUCAACUACGUUCAAAUUCUGUUUGGUUAUUUGCUUCCAAUGAUAAAGUGAAAGCAGAAGAUAUCAGAGAAUGGAUGGGAUCCUUCACUAAUAUCCGCAGUGUUUCUAAAUGUGCGGCAAGGAUGGGUCAAUUGUUCAGUUCUUCCAAGCAAACUUUUGAAAUGGCUCCUCAAGAUGUGGACAUAAUUCCAGAUAUUGAACUCACCUCUGAUGGUAUAAACUACUGUUUCUCAGAUGGUAUUGGAAAAAUUUCCCUAUCUUUUGCAAAGCAACUUGCACAAAAGCUAAAAUUGGAUCAGAGUCGGAUUCCUUCAGCAUUUCAAAUUCGGUAUGGUGGAUAUAAAGGGGUCAUUGCUGUUGAUCGCCAUUCUUUUAGGAAGUUAUCAAUGCGUAACAGUAUGCUUAAAUUUGAAUCCAAAAACAGGAUGCUUUGCGUCACUAAAUGGAGCGAGUCGAUGCCUUGCUUUCUCAAUCGAGAGAUUAUAUCCCUGCUGUCCACCUUAGGUGUGAAAGAUGAGGCACUUUUGGCAAUGCAAGAGGAACAAUUGCAGUUGCUAGGAAAGAUGUUGACUGAUCGGGAGGCUGCUUUGGAUGUUUUGGAAAGUUUAAGUGGAGCUGAUUCAAGAAGCAUUCUAGUGAAGAUGUUGAAUGGAUUUUAUGAGCCAAAUAGUGAGCCUUAUCUAUCAAUGAUGCUCAAGGCCCAUUAUGCAUACCAAUUAUCUGAUUUGAAAAGCAGAUGCCGAAUAUUUGUCCCCAAAGGCCGAGUCUUGAUUGGCUGCUUGGAUGAAACUGGUAUUUUGAAUUAUGGCCAAGUAUUUGUCCGCAUAACUGUGACAAAAACAAAGGAAAAAAUUGGAGAUGAAAACUUACAGAACGUUGAUGGUGAUGAUAGCACGCGUAUAAUAGUAGGGAAGGUUGUGGUCACAAAAAAUCCUUGUCUUCACCCAGGAGACAUCAGAGUCCUUGAUGCUAUCUACAAUGAAGAAUUAGAGGAAAAGGGCUUGAGAGAUUGCCUUGUAUUUCCCCAAAAAGGACCUAGGCCUCAUCCAAAUGAAUGCUCUGGAGGUGAUCUUGAUGGAGAUUUAUUUUUCAUAAGCUGGGACAAAGAUCUUAUCCCACCUCAAACUGAUAAUCCUAUGGACUACACAGGAAGAAGGCCUCGUAUAAUGGACCAUAAGGUGACACUAGAGGAAAUACACCAAUUUUUUGUUGAUUACAUGAUCAACGAUACUUUGGGCGCUAUCUCCACCGCACAUCUGGUUCACGCUGACCGAGAACCAGAAAAGGCCAGGAGUAGAAAAUGUUUGGAGUUGGCUGAGCUUCAUUCCAUGGCAGUUGACUUCGCAAAGACUGGAGCUCCUGCAGAAAUGCCUAGAGCUUUGAAACCAAGAGAGUUUCCAGAUUUUAUGGAGCGGUUCGACAAGCCUAUGUACAUAUCCAAUGGGGUACUAGGAAAACUCUAUCGCGCCUUAGUAGAGUCAACGACGCAAGUAAGGUCAAACAUUGUCCUUUCAGAGAAGUUUGCCGAAGAAGCAUAUGAUCAUCAACUUGAGGUUAAUGGGUUUGAGGCUUUUCUUGAGACUGCCUCCAGUCACAAAGAAAUGUAUGCACAGAAGAUGAGCUCUUUAAUGAGCUUCUAUGAUGCAGAGACUGAAGAUGAAAUGCUAACUGGUAACUUGCAAAACCGCGCUUCUUAUUUGCAGCGCGAUAACAGAAGAUAUGGAGAUAUGAAGGAUCGGAUUCUGAUAUCGGUAAAGGAUCUUCAACGUGAAGCGAAAGAAUGGUUUGAAAGUGAUUGUCAGCCGCAUGAAUAUCAACUCAUGGCAUCUGCGUGGUAUCAUGUGACCUAUCACCCCAAAUAUUCCCACGAAAGCUCCACAUUUUUGAGCUUUCCAUGGAUCGUUGGGGACAUUUUAUUGCAUAUCAAGUCUGUAAAUACUAAAGUUGAAAGUUGAAUUGCUUUCUCUAAUGCUCUGUUCAUAAGAGAAUAUGAAUGAAAUUUGAAGACAGACCAUUAUCUGGUGGAUGACAUGUUAAUGAAGGUGGGAUUUUGUGUUUAUCUGCAAGAUUUACUUCUGCUAAGUUGAUAAUAAUAUCUUCAUUAUUAUCACUCUCCCUGUUUAUAAAAUGAUUAUUAUAUAAGGUUUUUCCACAUGUUAAAAAAUAAAAUUAGAGCUUAA